AGAUGUCGCGCUCUGAAGCCAAACUGCGCGAUGUGUCGUACGACGUGGGACCGUCCUCCUCUGGCAGUGCGUCAGCGAAGCUAGAAGGCUAUCGCUUUAUUGAUAUGGACGUGCUGGCAGCGUUCUUGGGUGCUAGUCUUGUUUGUGCGAGGUGCCAUGGACAAGUCAGCCUUUCAGAAGCCGAAGACGAGCGAAUGGGGUUGGCUUCGAAGCUCGUGUCGACAUGUCAAAGAUGCCAUCACGAAGAAAAGACAUUCAUCAGCAAAAACAUUGAUCGUGGAGCUAUGGACGUCCACAGACGAGUGGUUCUUUCAAUGAGAAUGAUAGGGUGUGGACUAGAACCGCUUCAGCGCUUUUGUGGCUAUAUGAACAUGCCAGGUUCCAUGGGAGAACAUCCAUAUCAAAGUCACGUGACGGCGCUACGCAACGCGGCCGAAGAGGAAGCUGAACAGAGUAUGAAGAAAGCAGUAGAUGACAUUAGGCACUUCCACGAUGAGAAUGUUUAUGGUACCAUUAGUAUUGGAGUGUCUGGUGAUGGAACCUGGCGAAAACGGGGCUAUUCAUCCUUCCAUGGCGUAGGCACGGUAAUUUCUAUUGUAUCAGGAAAAUUAGUCGAUCUGUCUGUCAAGUCCUCCUACUGCCGUGCCUGUGCCGUAUGUAAGAAGAAAGAAGGAACAGAGAAAUACCAUGAGUGGCUCACAAAGCAUAGCCCCAACUGCCACAAGAACUACAGCGGUUCUUCAGGAGGCAUGGAGGUAUCCAGCAUGAUAGACAUCUUCCAGAGGUCUAUGGCCACAAGAAAUGCGAAGUAUACAGAAUAUUUAGGUGAUGGUGACAGUAAGGCAAUCAAAGGAAUAAAUGAUGCUGCACCAUAUGGCCCAGACCUACUGGUAGAAAAACUUGAGUGCAUCAACCAUAUGUCCAAACGACUAUAUCAUCGCCUGGAAAAAGUGAAAGCAGACAACAAGGGUAAGAAGCUAUCAGAUGGGAAAGGAAUGGACGGGAAAGGGAGGUUGUCCCUGAAAGUGAUGAAAGAAUUACAAAUGUACUUUGGAAAGGCAAUCAGGGACAACCAGGAGGACUUACAGGCGAUGAAGAAAGCCAUCUGGGCAACUUAUUACCAUCGGUCGUCAACUGACGAAAAACCACAACAUCAUUUCUGCCCAGAUGGCGAGGACACAUGGUGCAAGUAGAAUAAAGAUGCCUCCACAUACACACAUCAUGAUGUAAUUCCACACCCUAUCGCUGACCUCAUCAAACCAGCCUAUGAAGAAAUGACUAAGGAUGAACUCCUGAAGAAGUGCCUUCAUGGUGGCACCUCAAAGGCUAAUGAGGGUUUUAAUAAUUUGUUGUGGAAGAUAGCUCCAAAGUCGGAAUUCUCAGGACUUCCAACUUUGGAGCUAUCCUCAUACUUAGCAGUUUUAAAAUUUAAUGAUGGAGAGAGUUCCGUAGCUAGAGUCUUAGAUAGAGGGGGUGGGGGGGAAAUAGGUAAAUUUUCAAUGGUGACAGCAAGAAAGAAGGAUGAGAGGACGGUAAAGGCUAGUGAAUAUAAGGAGAGGGAGGAGGUGAAAAGGAAGAGAUUCCAGCUGAGGAAGGACAGAUCAAGCAAAAUGAAGAAGCAGGUAACUACAGAAGGGCCAGAGUAUGGUGCAGGGAUGUUCUGACUUACAAUGUCGAGUUUAGAUUUCAGGUAAUAUUAUAACUUUGAAAAUCUAGAUAAAAUCAAAUUCUGCAUAAAGUGUCUAUAAAAAAUAAUCUAAAUUUAGUCAAGCGUAUCUACU